AUUGGUUGAGAGGGCGGGACUUCCGACGGCGCAGGUUGGACAAAAAGUGACAGACUUCACCUCCUUAAAAUUGGAAGAAAAACCGAAGGACGACGCAUUACAAGUUAUAAAACAUUUGUAAUGAUUUUCAGACAUGGACGACAUAAACCUUCAUUAUCGCUUUCUGAACUGGAGGAGGCGAAUUCGAGAAAUUCGUGAAGUGCGAGCGGUGCGUUACCGGGAGCGACUCAAAAGGAUGCUGAGAGACGGAGACAUACUCAGGUAUCAUGGGAAUUCAGAUGAAGUAGGAUGCUUUGUGGCGGCCAGGCCAUUGUCCAGAAGAAAUCGCUAUUUUGAAGUAACCAUCAUCGACACAGGAGUGAGGGGAAUGAUUGCAGUCGGCUUGGUGCCUCAGCUCUACAAACUGGACCAUCAGCCGGGCUGGCUCCCACAGUCUGUGGCGUUUCAUGCUGAUGACGGCAAAUUGUACAAUGGCAACACUGUAGGACAGCAGUUUGGUCCAAAAUGCUGCAGAGGAGACAGAAUCGGCUGUGGCGUGUCUCUGGACUCUGAGGAUGGACAGCUCACUGUGUUUUUUACCAAGAAUGGCAAAGAAGUUGGCAGUGUGGAAAUCCCAGCCUCUCCUGAGGCUUUUUACCCCGCCGUGGGAAUGCACUCUUUGGGGGAAGAAGUUCUGCUGGACCUGAACGCUGAAUGGGGGAUGGAGGAGGACGAUGGACAGAUGAUUGUGGAUAGUCAUGAAGAGGACUGGAGCCGUCUCCAUGACGUCAAGGUGACCGGCACGCUGCUGGAGUACGUGGGUAAAGGGAAAAGCAUCGUGGACGUGGGCUUGGCUCAGGCCCGCCGGCCCCUCAACACACGCUUCCACUACUACGAGCUGGAGAUCACAGAUCCUGGAGAGAAGUGUUACAUCGCCCUGGGGCUGGCACGCAGGGACUACCCCAAAAACAGACAUCCAGGCUGGAGCAGAGGGUCUAUAGCCUAUCAUGCAGAUGAUGGAAAGUUGUUCCAGGGCAGCGGGGUCGGGGAUGCGUUUGGGCCGCGCUGCUUUGAAGGGGACAUUAUGGGAUGUGGAAUCAUGUUUCCACGCGACUACAGCCUGGAUGCAGGAGAUGACGUAGAUGAUUGGGACUUUGACGUUAUUCCCAAACCCAGUGCAGUUCAGAAUGAUCUGUAUGCAAACAAUGAAGAAGAGGAGGAGGAGGAGGAGGAGGAGGGAGAAGAUUUGGAGGGGAGGAAGGUCACGGUGUUCUUCACUAGAAAUGGAAAGGUGGUGGGCCGGAGGGACGUGGCCUUACCUGUAGGAGGCUUGUACCCCACUAUAGGCAUGAUGAGCACUGGGGAGAAGGUCAAGGUGGACCUGCACCCCCUCAGUGGCUGAGUGGAGUGGAGAAAAAAACUGCAGAGAAAUCAGAGCAUGGACGAAUAAUAGAGCUCUGGUGCAUUUUUGGAGAUCAGAUACUAAAUCAUACCUCCGCAUCAAAAUGCUCCAAGAUGUUACUUGAAGAGUCACUCCAGUGUAGAGGUGACUGACUCAUGCUGUAAGAAUGAUCAGAAUCAUGUAUGUUAAUUAUACACGCGUGCCUCAAAGUGCUUUAUAAUGAUUGUCUUUCAGAAAACCCAGAGGUUAACAUUGGGAAAACUUUUCUCAUCCCUUUGAGUAAAGUUCAUAAAAUGCCAUAGAAAGGGUCACACCAGAAUAAUGAAUCCAAUCAGAGCAAAUGCCAGCCAGCUAGUGUACCCGCUUAUCAGCAAUAGAUAUGUGACAGGCUGCAGACACACUGUGCUCAUCACCGGAGGGCUGCUGUACUUCUUAUCAACGGUGUGUUACUGCCACUCAGUGGUGAGAGUGAUAAAUGAAAAAUAAUGCUUAGAAAGUCUUCCAAACAAAAGAAGUAGGGCACUGAAUGAACAGUGACUUUACUUUAAAUUAGCUGCUUUUCAAGUGUGAGUGCAUAUCCUGACUCAUUAUGGCAUGUUUUGUGCACGCCACCUGCAAUAGGAAUAAUGGGAUGAUUAAAUGUCAGAACAAGUUGUUGAAGCUAAAUCCAAAACUGUUCAAUUGUUGUGUUGGGGGAAGUAGUUUGAAAAGCUGAAUUCCAAAUUAGGACUGUUUUAAUAUCAUGACUUGCUUUUGUCCUGUUUUAAUAUGGGAUUCUAACCAAAGUGUACACGAUGUUAUGUGAUUGAAAUCAUGUGCUGGUCAUAAUCACUCCAAAGUCUUUGGGAGGAACAUUUGUGUCUAAAAGAUGCAAACAUUUAACCAAAAUUCGUUUUUUUCUGUUCAUGUGUCUCACAGUUUGCCUUAAACUCCAGCCCAAGAUAAAAACUGAUCUCUAUAUGUAAUUUAACAUAGUAAUGACAUCUCAUACAAUUAACCCUCAUCAUUAGGGUUUGGGGGAAUUAGAAACUCUUAAAUUGUCUCAAUCUGGAAAAACCGUGAAGACAAUUAAACUCUCACAACAAGAAUAACUAAGGACUAAUCUUGGUAUAAGAGUACAUUACAAAACAUUUGAAUGUUGAAAAUGAAGCCAUACUGUAUAUCAUAUUUGCUGCUCAGGUAUAUUUGAAAAUCCAAAUUUUUAAUACCUUGUCUUUUCUGGUUAUUUUUGUGAUUUUACUGUAUGUUCAAAUCAACCAUUGUAUUUUCUUUUUUUGGGUAACAAACCUAUUUUACUUAUAAAUCUUAUCUUUUUGACAUUGAAGACUGUUAAAGGAGAACUUGGGGUCCCCCUCCCCAACUCCAAGUAAAUGCUAAAUGCUCCUAUUGUUUUGUUUUCUUGACACAACAUUUUGCACACCUACUUUCACAAAAAUAGUAAUGAUUCAAAAUGAGCUGCUUCUCUUAUCAAUACACACUUUGAUUUAAGUGCUUCUUUAGGCCUAAAAGCCUUACUGCUUUUAAGGGUCUGACCUAAUGAGCGAAGUGCCUGUGUGACCCUUGUUUAAUAUUCCAUGUGAGUGCUGGAAAUGUCAUAUUAUGGGAUGCAUGUUGCGUGAAUCAGGAAAAAUUGCAUCCAUGAAGUAUCUUCCUGAUCAGCAAAACAAUUUAAAGGCUGUUGCUCAUGUGUUGCUCAACUGCUGCUAAGUGUGUGCCGAGGGAAACGCUCUGCACAUCAUUAUAUCAGCCUGUACUGUAGCCGGGUGUCCUCGUGUCUGUUAUCCACACUCACUGUCAUCGUCCACAUUUGUGUUCGUGAUCAUCUUAGAUCAUGGGACCUAAUGAUGGUCUGCUGCUGUUGACCACAUCCACUCACAUUUAAUAUUUAGCCCCAUUUUAUCUUUUAUUAAUCAUGAAUGAAGUUUAAUAUCAGUCUCUCUCAGUCCAGCCCUUGUGUAAAUCCUGAAAUGUUUUUUUUUAAUUUCGUCUUUUCUCUUUUCACCUAAAACAAUCAGGUAAACAUGCCAAAAAUCAUUUUAAAUAAAAGGAUAUUUACACCCUG